AUGGCGGAUUCAGCUGGCAAGAUGUAUGCUCUCGCACUUGUGCUGAGCCUUCUCACCAUCGUCGUAACCGCCCUGCGUUUUUAUGCUCGACGCAUGAAGCAGGCUGCGCUUUCAUGGGAUGAUUAUAUGAUUCUACCAGCGUUGCACACGGGAAUCCGAGAAGACGGAUUUCCAGUUUUCGACCAUCGCUUAGAAGUCUUCGAACAAGUAGAGCUACUCUCAUCGACAUGUCCACACCAGCUCACAGGUGCCGUCAGGAUCUUCAAAGGCACUUUCGUCAAACCAUCUGUGUGGACUAUGAUUGGUGUCGUCGUUGUCUGGACACUUGGCUUCUUCUUCGCCAACCUGUUCCAAUGCUGGCCCUUAUGGAUCGACUGGACCGAUUUCGGCUUUACGCCUCAGAAUUGCAUCAACACGAACGCAAUGUAUCUGGCUCAAGCUUGGUCAGAUGUUCUCACGGAUUUAAUCAUCCUGACUUUGCCGCUUCCAUGUAUUUGGGUAAUGCAACUGCCUGCAAGGCACAAGGCUGCUGUCAGUGGCAUGUUCCUUCUCGGAGGACUGACCGUGGGAGCGGGUAUCGCGAAGCUCGUAGUUUUCAACAAAGUUGUUCAAGAAUUGGACCUGGGAUUCUUGGACAUCAGCUACAUGAACACACCCCUGGUAUACUGGCCAAUGGUCGAGUCUUGCAUGGGCGUUGUCGGCGCCUGCCUGCCAUUAUUGCGGCCCCUCUUCGUUGGUGCUUCUUCAAACGGCUUCAUGCGCAGCCUAAAGAGCGUGAAGAUAGCCUCGCUCAACUUGAACGAAGACGCACUGAAGCAACUCGAAGACGAUUCGCCAGGAGCGCCAGGUUCAACUACGGCGUUUACAAAGUUCGGAUCCGAGUCUACAGUGGUGCCAUCCAAUGCCGAGUACAGCUCCUAUGAAAAUAUUGCGCCGAAGGCCCACCGGAUAGACAGUCUUGACAGCCUGAAACUUGAUGCCGAGAAGGAUACACAUCUAAAUGGGGCUCGUCGUGGUGAUGACUACGUAUAA